AUGGCUAAUAAACGGAAGCGCGCGUCCAAGGAGGCAAACACAGACACUCUACCUUCCCAUAAACGAUCGAAGAAGGAUACCCUCGCCACCAAUGGCUCAGCGAAAACCAAGUCGGGGAAACCACUUGACAAGUCGCGAUUCACCGAGCACCCGAAUGUCGACGAGCGAAAGCGAGAACUUGACCUGUACAACCGUCUAGGGAGCGAGGAUGUCGCCGAUCGAAUCGAGGCCGCAGAUGCGAUUGUGUCGGGCUUACUGGGAGACGACUGCGUUCCGGAACCCGUGCUUCUGCGACACCUCGAAAAACGCCUUUUCCGUGGCCUUGCGAGUGGGAGGAAUGCCUCGAGAUUAGGGUUUAGCCUAGUUUUGACAGAAUUAUUGGGUCAGCUAUUUGGCGACAAGGACCUGGCGAGCUCCAGCUACCCGGGGUUGACCUUUGACAAGGUGCUGGGCAUUUUGUUGGAGAAGACACAAGCAGGAGGCAAUGUCCCUGGACAAGAAGAGAGAGAUCACUACUUUGGCCAGCUAUUUGGUCUCGAGUGCUUUGUGCGCUCUGGAAUCCUCUCAGAUCGGGCCCGAUGGUUGUCAGUCCUGGAACUCUUGUUGAAGUUGUCCUCGAAAAAGACGUGGCUGAAGUCGCAAUGUGGCUAUGUCAUUGUGCAGGCUAUCUUGCAGAUAGACAAGGAGCUCGCCGAGACCACUUUUGACAAGCUGUUCGCGGAAGGAUUUGCCAAAACACCAGAAGGUGUUGGCAUCUGGAUUGCGGCCCUUGACCGGUUCCCCUCCAUGAAGGCACCGUCCCAACCGUGGCGACACCCCCUGGCCACCACGUCACUGGCGGCACUCCCAGUUGCCUUGAAAGAUAGUGGGAGAGCGGCAUCGUCGGAGGAGAGUGGUGGUAAAAACCAGCCUAACCAGGGAAGCUGGUCCGCCCAGCUCCACUUCGUUUGGGACCUUAUUCUGGCCCAUUACAUCAAGCUUAGCUGCAAGUCCGCAGACGACGCUGCCGACCAGUUUAAGCAGUUUUGGAACCGCGUUGUUGACGAAAGUUUCUUCUCGAAAAACGCUUCAGAAAGCCAAAAGUUCUCGGGGUUCAUGAUCUUCCAAAAGAUUCUUGAAGGGGCCAAUGAACACCAAUCGAUUGUCGCGGCUCUUUUCAGCAAGAACUUCAUGGUUUCUCUAAUGAACCAGGCAGCCAAAGAAGACCGUUAUCUCCAUCGCGCGGCAAUUAAGGCUCUGAAGGGCAUUGAGAGUGUCGUCGAAACGACCCCUGGUCUUCUUCCCACCGUUGUUAAAGAGCUUCUUGGGAAACAUGGGGCUUACAACUUUGACCAACGCACCAACACCAAGACUUUGGAAAAGCUGCUCCAACAUACAACGCCCGCCACAGUGAAAUCGGUACUCAAAUCGGUACAGCUAAAGGACCCAUCCAAGAGUAGGCUCGACGAACCCAAGUACUACCAAGCACUUGGUCAUUAUUUGUUCAAGCUCGCUAGCGUACCCGCCGAUGAGACGGAAACCGAUGCAUCGGGCAAUUCAGUGCCUGGCUUAGCGAUCAACGCCCUCACCGAGCUAGCCUACUCGAACAACUCUGUACCCGAAAACAUCAAGGAAGCCUUACGUUCCAGGUCGACAUCGGCGUUUGCCAAACUGGUCCGAAGGCCGGAGGAUUUUGGGCAUCUCUGCAACGCUAUUUUGUCCAUCGAGGCGGACAUCAAUCCGGAUGACGAAAUUGCCUCCACGGUUCUUCCCGAUGUGUACGAACGGCUGAAAGACUUGCUCGAACCUGAAAAGUGCACAGAUAACACAAGGGCACCUCGGCAAGCGUUGGCCUUGCUGCAUGCGGUGGGAAUUUUGCAAUUCUAUAACCAAGAUCCGGAUGUGAUUGAUCUCUUCGAGGAGCUCGGGCAGUGCUAUGAGAAACUGGAGAACCACGACGAGGAUUCACACGAGGGUAUCUCCGAGUACCUGGUUGAGAUUCUCCUUGCUAUGGUUGCCCGGCCAUCCUCGCUCAUGCGGCAGGUGUCUCAACAGGUUUUUGAGGCUUUCACUGCGUACAUGUCGGAAGAUGCACUCCAGCUCUUGUUUGACCCACUCUCUGCUGAGGAGAGUGCAAAGGGGCAACUGGCGCUGUUUAGCACCGAGGAUGAGGACAUGAUGGAAGUUGAGGCUGCCGAUGGCGAAGAGAGCGAUGAGGAGCAACUUGACUCCGACGUUGAGAUCGUCGACCUCGAAGACGCCGGUUCUGAAGCCUCCGAUGGCGGCGAAGACGGGUCUGAUGAUGAUGAGGAUGAAGGGGAGGAAGAAGACAAAGACGAUGAUGGACCUGAAGACCCGAACCAGGAAGCUCUCGAUGCACUCGACAACGCGUUGGCUGAAGUCCUCGGCAGCCAUCGACUCGACCAGGACAAAGACGCCGACUCAGCUGCAUCAGAUGACGGGAGCGAUAUGACUGACUCCGAAAUGAUGGCGGUAGAUGAGAAGCUGGCCGAGAUCUUCAAACAACGUGCCAAGGCAAGCAGCAAGAAAAAGGAGAAACAGGAUGCCAAAGGUACCGUGGUCAAUUUCAAGCAUCGCAUCCUCGACCUGCUCGCCAUCUACGUCAAGAAAGAAGCAGCCGUGGAAAAGCCCGGUGCGGCCCACGCCACACACGUCUUCCGCGUCCUCCUCCCCCUCCUACAACUCAUCCGCACCACAACCACCAAACCCUUGGCCAACAAAGCUGCCGACAUCAUCCAGACUUUCUCCAAAACGCUCAAGCGCGCCCGUAGCAACACCAGCACCAGCGCCACCAACAGCACUCAAGCUACCGCAUCCACACCCACCGUCGCCCAUCGAGACGAACUGAUUACCCUUCUCGCGCAGCUGCUCGACGAAGCGGGGCGGGAUGCAUCACACGCCUUCGCACGGUCGGUUUCAACAGCAUGUCUGGCCGUGGCGUCGGUCGCGUGCAGCGACGAGGAGGGCGAAGCCGCGGUCUUUGCGCUGUAUUCGGCGACUCAGCGGCGGUGGUUCCGUGGUUCCGUGAGGAUUCAGCCGGCUGUCUUUGGCGAUUGGUUGAACUGGUGCCAGAGUCAUGCUGCGACGGCGGCAGCGGCGGCAGAGAAGUCUGAGAAGAAAGAGACGGGGAAGAAGAAGGGUGGGAAGGGUAAGAAGAAGUAG